UUCAGAUCGCAUCUGUAACUUCUGCAAAAUGCGCACCUUAUUAUCCCUUUGGGGGAUUCUUCUGGCGCUCAUAGUGCCUCCAUCGCUCGCCCUGCAAAGACCUCAACCAAGGUCCUACGAUACGCACGCUUAUUACGCCUUGGAGCUCGACCCAUCAAUAUCACCAGCAGCCGCGCUGCAACUCUCAAAAUCUUUAGGCGUCGAGCUGGUGGAACGUAUAGGAGAGUUGGACGGACAUUGGCUUGUCAGGACUGAAGGGUGGACACCAGAGCAUGCGUCAAUAACAAAAAGAAGUGUUUCUCAUGAUCCAAUAUUGAAGCGAUGGGAAGCAUUGCCUUCAAGUCUUGGCAAGAAAUCCCUCACGCCCUUGUCACUCAAGCAACGUGCCAAGCGACAUAAAUCAUAUUCUCCUCGUUCCCGUCAUUCAAGAGACGAUAGAACAGAGCUUUUAUAUGCCCAAAAUGAGCUGCAUUUGGCAGACCCUAUGCUCGAUCAGCAAUGGCAUCUCAUCAAUACCCAGAUGAAGGACAUCGAGCUCAAUGUCACUGGCCUUUGGGGGAGGGGUAUUACUGGUGAGGGUGUUCACGUGGUGAUCAUAGACGAUGGACUGGAUGUAGAGAGCAAAGAUUUGAAGGAUAAUUUCUUCGCUGAAGGGUCUUACGACUUCAACGACCACACUGAGCUUCCGAUUCCUCGCCUCAAAGACGACCAACAUGGUACUAGAUGUGCUGGCGAGAUUGCUGCUGUUCCCAACGACGUGUGUGGAGUCGGCGUAGCAUAUGAUAGCAAAAUCGCCGGUGUCCGUAUCCUUUCGGCUCCAAUAUCCGAUGCCGACGAAGCAGCUGCUCUCAAUUAUGCCUAUCAACUCAACGACAUUUAUUCUUGCUCAUGGGGUCCUCCCGACGAUGGGAGGUCAAUGGAAGCCCCUGAUGGUUUGAUCCUCAAGGCGAUGGUGAACGGUGUUCAAAAGGGACGAGACGGUAAAGGAUCGGUUUUCGUGUUCGCUGCUGGCAACGGUGGUGGAUCAGACGAUCAGUGUAAUUUUGACGGAUAUACGAACUCUAUUUUCUCUGUCACUGUUGGAGCGGUAGAUAGAAAAGGAUUACAUCCUUACUAUUCAGAGAUGUGUGCAGCCAUGAUGGUGGUUGCGCCUUCUUCAGGCAGUGGAGAUCACAUUCAUACAACAGACGUUGGAAAGGAUAAGUGCUCACACAGCCAUGGCGGAACUUCUGCGGCUGCACCUCUCGCUGUUGGAGUCUUCGCUCUCGCCCUUUCCGUGCGCCCCGACCUUACUUGGCGAGACAUUCAACAUCUUGCCGUGCGGCAUGCUGUUUUCUUCAACCCUGAUGAUCCAGCUUGGGAGCUAACUGCUGCUGGAAGACAUUUCAGCUAUAAAUAUGGUUAUGGAAAGCUUGACGCAGGUUUGUUCGUUGAAGCUGCUGAAAAAUGGCAACUCGUCAAGCCCCAAACGUGGUAUGACUCUCCAUCGGUUUAUCUUCCUACCACUUCGCCUGCCGAUGUCACCAGACGUCAAGACGAAGCUGCCGACGGCCCCACAAGCUCUGACGAGGAGACCUCCAACCCGCCGCCUGUGGUCGAGCCCAGUGGAUCUUUCAUUACAGAAGAUGGUGUUAUCUCCACGUAUGAAGUCACUCAGUCUAUGCUUUUUGAUGCCAACUUUGAGAGACUGGAGCAUGUCACCGUUAGGGUUUGGAUAGACCAUCAGAGGAGGGGUGAUGUUGAGGUGGAGCUUACCAGUCCCAAUGGGGUGGUUAGUGUCUUGUGCAGGCAGAGGAGGUUUGACAAUGCAGAUAGUGGUUUCCCUGGCUGGAAAUUUAUGUCUUUGAAGCAUUGGGAUGAGAACCCGGUAGGUACAUGGACCAUCAAAGUCAAAGACCAAGUCAACCCCGACAAAACCGGCCGUUUCGUCGCAUGGUCACUUCAGUUGUGGGGAGAAUCUGUUGAUCCUGCCCUUGCCAAACUCUGGGCACCCGCAGAAGAAGGUCAACCGGAUGAAGAGCAAACAGGUUCCAACCCCAGUACUACUGUCAGCCAAAAGCCCAAACCUACGGCACUCCUUCCUGGGGAUCAUGGUGAGGCUUCUGGUGAAGCGACCCAGCCAGGACUCGGAUCUGCUACAGCCCAUCCUCAACCCACAAGCACGACUGGUGACGCUGGAAAUGUCGCGGAGCCAACCGGCCCCACAGAUGCCGAUGCCGACGAAGGGUUCUUCAGCGGUAUUUCCAACCUCGCUUCAUCCUCUACAUGGCUUGCAGGCGCAGGUGCCAUUAUCAUCCUCUCUGGUGCUGCUAUUGGUGCCUUUUUCUUCAUCCGUGCCCGACGACAGAAACGCAACCUCUUUGGUCUCUCCAACAACGGUCAAGGAGCUCGCGGUGCUUACGAGCCUGUUGAUGACGUGCAGAUGAGUCUCCUUGAGAGAGGCAGGAGGAAGUUUGGCAAGAGCAAGAGUGAGAGUCAAGGAACGAAAGAUUUGUAUGAUGCCUUUGGAGAUGGUCCGAGUGAUGAAGAGGAGGAGGAUUUGGAUGAGAGGACUGCAUUGAGGUAUCAUGAUGGUUUCUUAGAGGAUGACGAGCCGAAUGAGGUAGGGCCCAAGACAGAGUACAAGGAUGAGCCUGAGUCUGAGCCUGAGACCUUUAAAGAUGGAGAGGAAACUGUGGGAACAAAAGAUAAGGGUAAGGGGAAAGGUCCAAGUGAGGGAGAGAGUGGUAGCGGGAGUUCCAGCAGUUGGCAAGAUGCCGCCGACGAAGAAGCGCGUGUGUAAGAUGGGGGUAUCAACGAGUCAUGGAUGAUGUACUGUCAUAUGUAUAUAUCGCAAUGUCAAUCUUUUGCAUCACAUUCGGAGGUCAUUCGAGC